AUGAAGGGCAGCGUCAGAAUAAGAUUGGCCAGAUUUGGCAGAAAAAGACAACCUGUCUACAACGUGGUGGUGGCGAAAGCAAGAUCUGCAAGAGAUUCACAACCGAUUGAAGUCAUAGGCACCUACAACCCCAUUGCUCCCCCUCUAUCUCCAGAACAAAAGCUUCAAGGACUGGUUCCGACAAAAGACAUACAACUCGACUUUCAAAAAUCCAAGUAUUGGCUUUCCGUUGGUGCCCAGCCAACGCCCACCAUUAUCAGGCUUUUUAAAAAAGCUGGAAUAUUACCAAGUGAAUGGCCUAGCACCCGAGUCGGCCCAAUUGUGCCAGAAAGAGAAGUCAUACAGGAAAAAAAAGAUUUGUAA